UGUUAGUGAGAGGAACGAGACGCAAACAUCCCAAACGAACCUUUGCAUUAAAAAUGAAGGGAUACUUACUUUUGGCAACAUUGACACUUAUAAACCUUCACUGGAGUUAUGGAUCUUUGACUUUGCUGGGUCCAGAGGGCACGGUUCUAGAAGGCGAUUAUGUGACUCUGCAGUGUUUUUCUGACAUGGACUCAAACGUGACCCAGUUCCACUUUGAGAAGUUUUCCAAGCACAUGAAGAGCUGGUUUCGCCUGGAGCCCUGGAUGCCGAGGUUCCGCCGGUGCUUCUACUACGAGAUGGACGUGAACCAAGAGCAGGACCGCCUGGUCCUCACCAUCCCCAGCAUCCAGAGCUACAUGGAGGGCCCCUAUCGCUGUGUGUCCGACAACGCCUCCUACCCCUACAACUCCUCCCAGGUCCUCGCCAUUCCCGUGCACUACAUGCGCGAGCUCUCCGUCUACCGAGAGGGGGUUGGCACGUACAGCCGCUACUUCAGCUCCCUGCAGGACUUGCGCGUGCCACUAGGGGACGAUGUGGAGGUGGAUUGCUCAACCUCUGCCUCCCAGGACCCUUUGAUCACCUGGAGCAAAGAGGGAGAGGACUGGGUGGAGGUGUCCAGCAAGCUGAAGCUGAAGAAGGUGAGGCUGGAGGACAGCGGCAGCUACACCUGCAGCGCUCAGCACCCGUCUGUGUCCUCUCUGGCCAAGACCCGCACCAUCUCCAUUACCGUGCUGCCAGAGGAUGCCCCCUGGUAUGAUUCCACCGAAGGCCGUCUCAUACUGAUGACAUCAGGGGCAGGGGCUGGGCUGCUGCUUCUGGUCAUGUCUGUGGCCGUCUGUCUCUGCCGGAGAGCGUCAUCCAAGAAGAGCAAGGGGCCCAUCGAUGACCGCUCUCAGAAGAAACCCAUCUACACCGCCAGCGUGGAGUCUCUACCCUCAACAACAGGGGAUACCCAGCCUCUGGUGUGAAGAGAGAGGGGAAAGGGAGGAGAGAAGGAGAAGGGGAGCAAAAGGGAUAGAGGGAGGGAGG